AUGGCGUGGGCGCUGAUCCUGGCCCUCUGCAACGGGGUGUUGGCCCCCACGAGCGCGCUGGACGCCAUGGGCCCCCACGCAGCAGUCCGCCUGUCCGAACUGCUGACCCCGGAGGAGUGCAGCCACUUCCGAUCUCUUCUCGAGGCGCCCGAGCCCGACGUGGACGAGGAGCUGGCCCGGCUAUCUGAGGACCGGCUGGCGACGCCCGAGCCAUCCAUACUCGAGCUCGGGGCGCAGGACUUGGUGGAACAACGGCGGCGGGCCGCAGCGGAGCUGGCCCGGCUGUCUAAGGUCCCGCUGGCGACGCCCGAACCGCCCACGCCCUCGCUCACUGAUGAGCCGCAGCUCACUGUACGCGCCGCAGCCGUACAGCCUUCGAAGGAGACGAAGGUCGCGCUCGAGUCCAAGGAGGUUUCCGACGGCUGCCGCGAGGCGCUGGCGACUUGGUUGGCUGCCCAGGCCCCGGCCCUGUCGUGGGACCGCGUGGCCCGAGCCCUACGGCGCAGCGGCCGCCCUGAUGUGGCGCGGGAGCUGGCCAAGAACCUCCAUCAGCAAGCGACGUUGAAGCUGCGGAGGUCGGGCGCGAGUUUCCUGCAGCAGCUUAGGGCUCCAGCCCCCGCCCCGGGCCCCGCCCCGGGCCCCGCCCCCGCCUCCGGCCCCGCCCCAAUCAUGGCCCCCUGCCCUGGCCCCGCCCCCGCCCCUGCCCCCGCCCCCAGCCCCUCCACGGCUCCGCGCGCUCGGCGUGCCGCGGCCCCUACGCCCGCCUGGGACCAGCUGGAACUGAUCGUGGAGCGCCUGCCGCAGCCUCCGUACACGCGCAGCCCCUCAGCCUGGGCCGGGCCGCUGGCGCUCGGCCUCUUCGCCGGCUUCCUGGGCGCGCUGUGCUCCGGGGCGCUGAUCACCUUGCUAACGCGGUGGAUCACCGGCGACGACCGCGACGGCGACCCUGCGUGGUCUCGUGCCCGAGGCCGGGCUGCCUUCUCACCGCCCAGACCGGCUCGGUCGCCCUGCAGCUGGGAAGCGGAGCCGCUCCUGCCUCGGGCCUGGGCGCAGCAGCGAACCUCGCCCCUCUGCCCGCCGCUGUGA